AUGUCUGCCUCGCUGAUAAACCGCUCUUUGACGAAUGUCAGAACCGAACUGGACUUUUUGAGGGAGUCUGAGGUUAUAUCUGAGGAAACCUUUAACAAAAUCAUGCACAGUCUUCCUCAAAAGUACGACCCAAACCAACACAACGACAACAGAUCCAGAGAUUCAAGUGAGUCACACGCUAAGCUGGAAUACGUGGAGGCAUUAUACGCCUUCCAGCCCCAACAAGAUGGCGAUUUGGAGUUAAGACCUGGUGACAAGAUUCAGGUGUUGGAGAAACCAUCCGCAGAAUGGUACAAGGGGAAGUGUGGUGGCCAAGUGGGUAUGUUCCCAUCCAACUACGUUAAACCUGCCUUCUCAGGAGAAUCGUCUGCACCAAAGAGACCAGCGGGGCCACCAUACCAGCCACAACAACAGCACCUGGCCGCUCCUAUGUACCAACAACCACAGAAUACAGGGUACUCCCAGUCAUCGAAUCCUCCAUUCCCACCCCAAUCUGCCAAUUACUACCCGCCUCAACAACAGCAACAACCGCAACAAGUCGUGGUAGAACAACAACAGCCACAUAAGCACAACGCUUUCAAGAAAUUCGGUUCGCAGCUGGGUAAUGCAGCUAUCUUUGGUGCAGGUGCCACCAUCGGUAGCGACAUUGUCAACAGCAUUUUUUAA